GCCGCGCGGUCCUCCCUCCUCCGCUCUCUCCGCCUCUCUCCUGGCGGCCGCGCAGCCCGGAACCUGGGAAGCCGCGGCGCCGAGCCCGCAGCUCGGGCGCGGGGACCAGCACAGAGGCGCGGGCGGCGGGAGCGCUGAGACCACAGUCCCCGGGGAGAGGCGGAGUGGAGCCCGGCCUGAGCUGGCAGAGCCGAGCGUGUGAGUGUUUGCGCGUGAAAGCGAGGGCUGCACGGUGCUCGGCACUGACACCGCCGGCCCCGGCCCAGGUCGCCGCAGCCCCGGAGCCUCCCGUCUGCGCCCCAAGGCACGCGCGAAGCAGCCAUGAACACCAACGAAGCCAAGGAGUAUCUGGCCCGGAGAGAAAUCCCUCAGCUUUUCGAGAGCCUUUUGAAUGGACUGAUGUGUUCGAAGCCUGAAGACCCAAUAGAGUACUUGGAAAGUUGUUUACAGAAAGUAAAGGAAUUAGGGGGAUGUGACAAGGUGAAAUGGGAUACAUUUGUAAGCCAGGAGAAGAAGACUUUACCUCCACUCAAUGGAGGACAGUCACGGAGAUCCUUCCUAAGAAAUGUAAUGCCUGAAAAUUCAAACUUUCCUUAUCGGCGGUAUGAUCGGCUCCCUCCAAUCCAUCAAUUCUCCAUAGAAAGUGACACAGACCUUUCUGAGACUGCAGAGCUAAUUGAGGAGUAUGAGGUCUUUGAUCCUACUAGACCUCGACCAAAAAUCAUUCUUGUCAUAGGUGGUCCAGGAAGUGGAAAGGGUACUCAGAGUUUGAAAAUCGCAGAACGUUAUGGAUUUCAGUACAUUUCAGUAGGAGAAUUAUUAAGGAAGAAGAUCCACAGUACCAGCAGCAAUAGGAAAUGGAGUCUUAUUGCCAAAAUAAUUACAACUGGAGAACUGGCCCCACAGGAAACAACAAUUACAGAGAUAAAACAAAAAUUGAUGCAAAUGCCUGAUGAAGUGGGCAUUGUUAUUGACGGAUUUCCGAGAGACGUCGCUCAGGCUCUAUCUUUUGAGGACCAAAUCUGUACUCCUGACUUGGUGGUGUUCCUGGCUUGCGCCAAUCAGAGACUCAAAGAAAGAUUACUGAAGCGUGCAGAGCAACAGGGGCGACCUGAUGACAAUCUGAAAGCUACCCAAAGGAGACUGAUGAACUUCAAGCAGAACGCUGCUCCAUUAGUUAAAUACUUCCAGGAAAAGGGGCUCAUCAUGACAUUUGAUGCCGACCGGGACGAGGAUGAGGUGUUCUAUGACAUCAGCAUGGCAGUUGACAGCAAGUUAUUUCCAAACAAAGAGGCUGCAGCAGGUUCAAGUGACCUUGAUCCUUCAAUGAUGUUGGACACUGGAGAGAUCAUUGAUACAGGAUCUGAUUAUGAAGAUCAGAUUCAAAGUGGCAAUUAA